CAUCCCAAAAGACAUAUUUUGCUCAAUCAUCCCGGAUUGCCCUUUAUACAGCCAGCUCUGCCUUCUAAUUGGUUAGCAUGUUGGAGCACAUGUCCAGACGCUCUCGUUCCCUGCUCUCUCUUAUCCUGACCUCCCUCGCCCUCGCUUUAUCUGUGCUGGCCUUCUGUACGUCCUACUGGUGUGAGGGAACGCACAAGGUGGUCAAACCUCUCUGCCUUUCACCUGUCAAGAUGAAGAACUGCGGACAAAACGACAGCGAGCCUUACACUACAGAAAGCCCCACCCCGGACCCACGGGGCCCAUUACCAACAUUAUCACCAAAGCGGAGAGAGGAACUUGCCAGGAUUCGCCAAAGGCAAUUAGCCAAUGCAGUGCAGUACAUCUGGGAGACGGGAGAAGACAAGUACACCUUCAGAUAUUUCCACACAGGAUUCUGGCAGUCUUGUGAAAAACAUGCUGAUGGAGAACGAUGUCGUCGGUUCAUGGAUCUCACUCCUGGAGAGACUCAUGGUGUGCUGUGGUUGUCAAUGGUCGCUGAGUUCAUGUACAUCAGUUUGUUGGGCAUAGGCUUCCUGCUCAUGUGGGUGGAGGUGUUGUGUGCCCAUAAAGAAAUGCAUGCGCUCAAAAUCAACGCAUUCGCUGCAAUGUGCACUGUGCUCUCAGGAUUGUUAGGGAUGGUGGCUCAUAUGAUGUACACCACCGUAUUUCAGCUGACUGUGAUUGUGGGGCCCAAAGACUGGAGGCCUCAGACGUGGGACUAUGGCUGGUCAUUUGCGUUGGCAUGGGUGUCUUUCAGUUGCUGCAUGGGUGCUGCAGUCAUGACCCUCAACUCUUACACUAAAACAAUCAUUGAGAUGCGUCACCGCCAGAGGCUUCGUUUAGAGGAGGCCCGCGCCACAACCCACGCUCCAUCCUAUGAUGAGGUGGUGCCAGGGGGCGGCCUGUACUCCGUCAGCGGCCUUUUACAGUGUCCCAAUGGGAUGAUCGACUCUGUGUGGGCAUCAGAUGGGAGCAUGGGACUGGUGCAGCAGGGGGAUGUGCCCACUCUGGUACUGGUUGGAGGAUGCGGAUCAGAUUCAUGUGAAGACUGCGAGAGGGAAAUGGAUGAGAUGAAGCUGACCAUGAAUGGAAUUGACUCUCCUUGCUAAAAGAAGAUAAUGUGAGUUGAAGUGUUAGUUCAUCCAAAAAUGAGAAUUCUGUCAUUCUACAAGGGGUGCU